AUUGUCACUGUAUUUGUGAAUCAGUCCAAGAAAAUGACAAAAACAAAAACCUGUGAUAAGAGAUUUCUGCUGGAAUUUGUUUGAUAAAAGUAGACAUUGAAACAUACCGCUGUUGGAUUCCUUGAUUUUAUUUUAUUUAAAUUGAAAUUCGACUGGAAAUCGACGGAGCAUAAAUACAAUCAAUAACUUUGAGCACUCGCAGCGCAGCGCAGCACUGGUCGGUCGCAUUUUGGUGGUGCUCGUUCGAUGAUUUUUGUAGUAGGUGUUCCUCUGAUGGCCUGAUGGUGGUUCAAGUUACUGAUAUUUGUUGACGUAUACACUUCAGCGUUGUUCUUUUAUUUUUAACUAUUUCAAUUUGUUCGUCACCAGCCACACAUAAACGGGACCUAACAAUUGAGGAGCAUUUCUUUCCCGGAGGACUUCGACCUAGCAGCAGCAGCAGCGCCAUGAUGAGACUUGCGAUGAUGGGCAACGGGGGAAGAGUAACGGGUCAAUCCGUGGUAAGAAUGUUAACUUCAGGGCGAUUCCCGGAGCACUACCCGCUGCCUAAGCUAUCGGAUACCAUGAACAAACUGCUGGUUACCAUCGAGCCUCACGUCAGUAAGGAAGGAUUUGGCAGGAGCAAACAGGCGGUAGAGAAGUUUAUUGCUCCGGGAGGCGUUGGGGUCAAACUGCAAAAAUUGCUGGAAGAACGAGCUUCCAGCAAGAAAAACUGGUUAGCCGAUUGGUGGCUCCAGGCAGCCUAUUUGGAGUACCGUGACCCGGUGAUUAUCUACUCCAGUCCUGGACUAGUUUUUCCCAAGUUGAAGUACGCAACUGUUGAUGACCAACUGAAGGAUGCAGCCAGGAUCGUAUUCGGCGCCUUGCUCUACAAACGUAUGAUUGAUCGCAACCAGAUCAAACCGGAAAUGAUGGGUAAAGCUCCUUUGGAUAUGUCACAGUAUAGCAAGAUUUACGGGACAUGUAGAAUUCCUGGCCACCCGGCUGAUUCAAUUGAGUAUCACCCCGGAUCCAGUCACAUUGUGGUGGCUUCAAACAAUCAGUAUUUCAAAGUCGAGGUUGGUACUUCCGACGAAAUAAUCAAUGAAGAAAAGCUUUACCAACAGUUGAGACAUUGCUUUGAAAUGUCUCGUCACAAAGCGGAACCAGUUGGGAUGCUUUCUGCUCUACCGCGAGACAACUGGAGCGAAGCCUAUCAGGAGCUGAUUAAGGACCCCACCAAUCUCAAGUCGAUCAAACAAAUUCAAAGCUCGCUCUUUGUUUUAUCGUUGGAUUACGAAAUCGGGAACCCAUCUGGGGAUGACAUUAUCGAUGCUUGUCAUUUGCUUAUCCAUGGAGGUGGAUCGAAGGCAAAUUCUGGCAAUCGUUGGUACGACAAAACUCUCCAACUGGUUGUCGGUCCCAAUGGAGUCAACGGACUAACGUACGAACAUUCGCCAGCCGAAGGCCAACCCAUUGCCGUGCUAACGGAUUUCAUUAUCAAUCAUCUCGCGAAAGGAGACCAAACAGGGUCCCCCCGAGAAGUCCCACACCCCCAAAAGUUGGAUUUCAAUCUAUCGGAACAAGCCUGCAAACACCUUGAAAAAGCGGCUGCCAGUCAUGACAAGCUUAUUGCCGAUCUAGACAUGGACUACCUUCACUACACAUCCUAUGGCAAGAAUUUCAUAAAAUCCCAGAAGAUGAGCCCAGACAGCUACAUCCAGAUGGCCAUUCAGUACGCCUUCUACAAACUGCACCGUGUCCCUGGUGCCCACUACGAGUCGGCCCAAACUCGAAUGUACGAAGGCGGGCGCACAGAAACCAUUCGAUCCUGCUCGAACGAAUCUGUCGCCUUUGCUCGAACCAUGCUGGACGAGUGCGAAAACAAUCAGACCAAAAUAGCCAAACUUCGUUCGGCGGUCGAUUCGCACAAAGCUUACGCAGCCAAAGCCGUCCAAGGUUACGGAGUCGAUCGGCACCUGCUAGGCCUGAAGCUGAUAGCCCGCGAGCACAACAUCCCGCUGCCGGACUUCUUCCAGGACGAAGGCCUAAAGGCGUCGGCUCACAUGCGCCUAUCGACCAGUCAGGUGGCGUCCCGAUACGAUGCCUUCAUGUGCUAUGGGCCACUGACGGCCGAUGGCUACGGCUGCUGUUACAAUCCCAAGGACAACGAUAUGUGGUUCGGUAUUUCGUCGUUCAAAUCGAACUCUGUGACCGAUUCGCAGAACUUCAGAAACGCCCUGCGGGAGGCGCUGGACGAGAUGUUCGAGGUGCUGUGCCGAGGUGGCCAGAAGCCUGCUAGUAAACUGUAACUCGUAGAACAGAGAUUUUUAAGGUGAUUCUUAGAGAUUGAAGGAACUGAUGUUAUAUAGGUAUUUUUUAUGUUAAACUUUGCAUAGCUGCCUUUCGGAAAAUAUAAUGGUGUUGGAUUUUUUUUAUAUGGU